AGACCACGAUACCUUGAGUGACUUGAUAGCGGAUCUGGUGGACGCAAAAACGGCAGCGAGGCGUUCUGGCCUGCCUGUAUAACGUGACCUCGGGAGGCGUCACCUAUCUGACGGUCUAUAACAGGGACACGCCAUUAAGCAGUAGCCCCGCUUUCCACAAGUUCUCGUGCAUGGCCAUUGAGAAACUCGGUCCCACUGUGAACGUGACUGUGUUCCCAAAGAAGUGCAACUCGGACAAGAACGCCACGGCUUUAGCGGCUAACGGGACGGCUAUGCUGCUGAACGAAAAGGAAUUACUGCACUCAACAACAGUAACAUCAACAAAAACUACAGCAACAACAGCAGCAACAUUGACAACAGCAGUAAAAACAACAGUAACAUCAGCAGCCACAAUUACAACAGCAACAAUGGCUGCAGAAUCAACAACAGUUACAGCAGCAACAACAGCAACAAUGGCAGCAGAAACAACAACACCAGCCACAACAACAAAAGAAACAACAACCGAACCCCAACAAACAGGAGAAACAGCUAAAACAGCGGAAACAACAACAAGAAUGGCGGCAGAAACAACAACAACGGCAGCAGAAAAAACAUCAACAAUGGUAGCAGAAACAAAAGUAACAACAGUGGCAGCAACAACAGCAGAGUUAACAACAACUUCAGCCUCAACAACAGGAGAAACAGCCUCAACAGCACAAACAACAACAAUGGUAGCCACAACAACAACAGCAAAAAUGACAGUAGAAACUACAACAGCAACAACAGAAGCAGAAACAGUAUCAGUAACAACAACGGCAGCAACAACUACAACAUCAACAAUGAAAGCAGAAACAACAACAGAAACAACAUCAGCCACAACUUCACAAACGACAGCCACAACAACAGCAGCUGCAAGAACCACAAUAACAACAGCAGUCACAAAAACAACAACAGAUGAAAUAACAACUACAGCCACAAUGGAACCAGAAACAACAACCACAACAAUAGAAGCAGAAACAACAACAGCAACAACACCAGUCACAACAACAGCAGCCACGAUAACAACAGCAUCAGAAAGAACAACAAUAACACCAGCAGUCACAACAACAGCAACAACAAAAACAGCAGCAGAAUCUACAACAGCAACUACCACAACAGCAGACACAACAAAAACGGCAGCCACAACAACAACAGCAGUAGCAGCAACAACAACAGAAUCAACAAAAACAGCAGGAACAACAACAGCAGCAGAAACAACAACAACAACAGAAAUAACAACUACAGCAGAAAAAACAACAUCAACAACAAUAACAGCAUCAACAAUGGUAGAAACUACAACAGCAGCAACAAUAGCAACAGUGGCCGCAACAACAACAGCAUCAUCAUCAACAACAACAACUGAAUCUCCGGAAAGCACCACAAGUGUAGGAACGGAUCUGAUUACCUAUCCCCCACUGUUACUGAUUCUUUCAGAGAUUCUCUUGACAUGUAUUUUACUGUAAAAUUGCGGUUGUUUUGAUUGGUGUUGUUUUGUUUCUGUCGGGUUUUGAUUUAAAUAAAAUGCAAAAUUUGUC